UUUCUUUUUUCUUUGUUUUUUUAUUUUGUUUUUGUUUUUACACAUAACGACAAAAAUCACACAUCCAUAAAAUGCCUUCCCUUCCUCGCACUCCCAAAAAUUUCAAUCCUUUGCUGUUGGUUGGCUUCCAAAACCAAACUUGGAGAUCAGCUCUUGCCCUUGUUUUAGCUCCUUUCUUUUCCCUUGUCAAAACCCUUUUUUCCUUUUCACUUCUUGGCUACGAGGUUGCUAUAGUUAACAAGUUAGUUUAGUUAAAACAUGAAGCAUCCACAACCAAGUUUGCCCCCAGGGUUUAGGUUCCACCCUACAGAUGAGGAACUCAUCCUUCAUUACCUAAAGAAGAAAGUCAGUUCCUCAGCCUUCCCUGUUUCCAUCAUCGCCGACGUCGAUAUCUACAAGUUUGAUCCCUGGGACUUACCAGCUAAAGCUGCCUUUGGUGAGAAAGAAUGGUACUUUUUCAGUCCUAGAGACCGCAAGUACCCUAACGGUGCAAGGCCAAACAGGGCAGCUGCGUCCGGCUAUUGGAAAGCGACUGGCACGGAUAAGGUUAUAGUUACAUCUUCAAUGGCAGCCAGAGGGGGUGGAGUGCAAGAGAAUAUUGGUGUAAAAAAAGCUUUGGUGUUUUACAAGGGAAGGCCACCAAAGGGGAUCAAGACUAAUUGGAUCAUGCAUGAAUAUCGGCUGGCAGAGAACCCUAACUCCAACUAUAACAAUAGACCAGUGAAGUCUAAAGAUUGCUCCAUGAGGUUAGAUGAUUGGGUUCUUUGCCGGAUCUACAAGAAGUCCCAUGCUUUAUCUUCAAUACUACCAUCAAGUGAUCAGGAUCAAGAGGAAGAGGAAGCAGAACAGUUCAUUCAAGAUGCCUUUCUGCCAGCCUUGAAAAGUCCUCCAAACAACAACACCCUCCAGCCGCAGAAAUCUUGUUCCUUCUCCAACUUGUUAGAUGCCAUGGACUACUCACUGCUGAGUAAUUUCCUAGCAGACAAUCAGUGCAAUGCAACUGGAUAUGAAUCAUCUUCCUUCAGCUUUGCCAACCUGGAACCGCCCCUGGUGAAUAACUACACCAAUAGCAGCAACAACAGCAGCAGCAUGUUGAACUCUUCAGUUCCAAACAUGGAAAACAAACUCAAGCGCCAAUACUCAGGCAUUGAUGAGGAUUACUUGCAGCCAUCAAAGAAACCUAUCAGCUCCUGCAGUUACAGUAACAGCACCAGCCAAUCUGAUACAACUCAAUACAACUUUUUAAACCAAUCAUUCUUCAACCAGAGUUUACUUCUAAGUCCUCACCUUCAAUUCCAAGGAUAAAAGAAAGAUUCUAAAAUUUAAAAAAAUAAAAAAAAGGGAAAAUAGAAAAGAAAUUGGGAGGAAAGAUAAGAAGAAUAACCAAUGAUAGAGCUUGUCUAGGCCUUGGUGAUUCAGAAGGAAGCGUGUUUGAUUUUUCUGUUUGAAACAUGACAAAACUUGGGUUAGAAACAUUGAACUACAAAAGAAGUUACAAAAGGAGUUAAAAAAGAAUUUGAUUGUAUGAUUUUUGUAGAAAAUUUAUGUAGUGGUGGAACUGUGGCAGAUCAGAUUCACACUUUAUAAAUAGCAUGUUGCUUGAAUUUGAUUAUAUGAUUCUUUUUUAUGAAAGGAGAGAAAAAGGAUUAUUAUUCUAAAGCUAA